AGCCCUAAUUCUAAUCCAUCAUCAUGCGUGCAAGCUAUUUUCCAUUUCCUUUAACGAUUCUCAUUCUUACUCUCUUCAAGCUUCUUCUUUCUUCAUCUCCUUUUUUCUUUCUUUUCUCUCCCAAAUCUUUUUUUCCCUUUUCCCGGAAAAUUCUCUUCUCUCUUGUUUUUUUUUGUAUCUCCUGAUAAGCCCGACCAAGUUUAUCUCUUUCUGAUCACUAAUUUCUAUCCUCUCAUAAUUGAACCCCUUUUGUGUGUGUUUUAGUAUAUUUCUUUCAAUCUCUUAAUCGAAUUCGGUGCAACGUUCUGAUGGGAAACCAAACAAGCAAAAGGCCACAGGAGUCUUCGACGUCGGCUAAGAGCGUGCACUACACCACGGAGCUGAGAUCCUACGAGGCUGCGUGUAAAGCAGACACGGAGCUUCAGUCUUUCGACACGUGUUUGCAAGCACGGACGAGUCACGUGAUAAGCACGCUAGCUACGGGGGUUGAGGUUCGGGCGCUCUCGUUCGAUUCCUUGAAAGAAGUGACGCAGUGUUUGUUGGAGAUGAACCAAGAAGUUGUGAAAGUGAUCUUGGAUUGCAAGAAAGACAUUUGGAAGAAUCAAGAAAUGUUCGACCUCGUCGAAGAUUACUUUGAGAACAGCUUGAAGACGCUUGAUUUCUGUGCUGCUUUGGAGAAAGGCUUGAGACGAGCUCGUGAUAGUCAUCUCUUGAUUCAUGUUGCUCUUCAGCAGUUUGAAGAUGAGAGCCUUGUUCAAGGUGGGAACGGAUACAAGAAGACACUUGAAGAGCUAAAGAAUUUCAAAGAUGCUGAGAGUCCUUUCAACGAAGACUUCUUCAAAAUGUUCCAAUCUGUUUACAAACAGCAGAUGCUGAUGCUUGAGAAGCUUCAGCUUCGUAAGAACAAGCUUGACAAGAAGCUUAAAUGCAUCCACACUUGGAGGAAGCUCUCCAGCAUCAUCUUUGUGGCUACCUUCGCCACUGUGCUCAUCUGCUCUGUUGUAGCUGCAGCCAUGGCGGCUCCUCCUGUUGCUGCGGCUCUGGCUGCAGCUACAGCAGUGCCGCUAGGCUCCAUGGGGAAGUGGAUCGACUCGCUGUGGAAGAACUACGAGAAUGCACUCAAAGGGCAGAAGGAGGUGAUCAGUUCCAUGCAGGCAGGGACAUUCGUGGCGGUUAAAGAUUUGGAUAAUAUCCGAGUUUUGAUCGAACGGUUGGAGAUUGAGAUCACGGGGAUGGUGAAGAGUGCGGAGUUCGCUGUGGAGCAUAACGCAGUCAAGAUUGGGAUUGAUGACAUUAAGAAGAAACUUGAGGUGUUUAAGAAGAACGUAGAAGAGUUGGGGACUCAGGCUGAUUUGUGUAGCAGGGAUAUUAGAAGGGCAAGGACAGUGAUUCUUCAAAGGAUCAUCAAGCAUCCUAAUAAUGCUAGUAGCAGCAACUGAACUACACAAACAAAGAAAACGGAACGAGCCAGUUUCUCUCUUCUUCAGCACCUGAAUUUGAUGAAGACUAUAAAGAAUAGUACAGAUUCUCUUUGAGUUUUUACUAUGAAUUAAUGUUCAAUAACUCAAAACUACUACUUAUAAUAUAUAAAUUGUUGCAAUUUCUGUAUUCUUUGAUGAUUGAAAACAAUGCAUGGAAGACUAGUCUAUUUCACA